AUGAGAGCCAUGACCCUCAUCUUACUCUCCACAAAGGUAGAAAUUGCAAUUUCCUUUGAAGACCUGGUGGACAAGAUCGUAUUUGUCCAAAUCAAACAAAGGCCAAUAAACUCUUUGCUAGUGAAGUAUAGAGCUGGGGUUCCAAACUUUCUCCUAAACAUGGUAGAGGGAGCAAUCCAGAUAUUUGCUGAUUUUAAUACCCUGUACUGGCCAUCAGGGAUAUGGACUAGUGACUGUUGGCUCUUAGCAGCCAUUGCAUCUCUUACACUUAAUGAAAAGACUUUGGCCAGAGUUGUGCCCCAUGAUCAAAAUUUUGGCCCUGGUUAUGCUGGGAUAUUUCAUUUUCAGAUCUGGCAGCAUGGCGAGUGGUUGGAUGUGGUCAUUGACGACAGGCUCCCGACCUUCAGAGAUCGUUUGGUUUUUCUUCACUCUGCUGAUCACAAUGAAUUUUGGGGUGCAUUGCUGGAAAAGGCAUAUGCCAAACUGAGUGGAAGCUAUGAAGCCCUGAAGGGUGGAAGCACAAUUGAAGCUAUGGAAGACUUCACUGGAGGAAUAGCAGAGACUUUUAUAAAUAAAACAGCCCCAGAAAAUUUAUAUGAGAUCCUAGAGAAGGCCGUGAAGAGAAGCUCUCUGGUGGGCUGCUUCAUAGAAGUCAAAGACGCUUCAGAGACAGAAGCAAAAACACCUUUUGGCCUCAUUAAGGGUCAUGCAUACACUUUGACUGGAAUUAACCAGGUGAAUUACCAAGGCCAAAAGGUUGAGCUCGUCAGAGUCCGGAAUCCUUGGGGCCAGGUAGAAUGGAAUGGUCCUUGGAGUGACAAUUCUCCUGAGUGGAAUUUUGUGGACCCAUCUGAGCAAAAACGUCUCUGCCAUUCUGCUCUUGAUGAUGGAGAAUUCUGGAUGACUUUCAAGGAUUUCAAAGUCCACUUUGACAAAGUAGAGAUCUGCAACCUCACACCUGAUGCCCUGGAGGAAGACACCCUUCACAAAUGGGAAGUAACAGUUUAUCAAGGGAGUUGGGUCCGAGGAUCCACUGCAGGAGGAUGCCGUAAUUAUAUUGACACCUUCUGGACCAACCCCCAGAUCAAAUUGUCUCUGACUGAGAAAGAUGAUGGGCAAGAAGAAUGCACUUUUAUUGUUGCCCUUAUGCAAAAGGACAGAAGGAAACUCAAGAAAUUUGGAGCCAAUUUGCUGACAAUUGGAUAUGCUAUUUACCAGAGCCCUGCUGAAAAUGAGCACCUCAACAAGGAUUUUUUCAGAUUUCAUAGUUCUCGGGCCAGGAGCAAAGAAUACAUUAACCUAAGAGAAGUCUCUAGCAGAUUCAAGCUGCCCCCUGGAGAAUAUAUCUUGAUUCCUUCGACUUUUGAUCCACACGAGGAAGCCAAUUUCUGCCUUCGAAUCUUUUCAGAGAAGAAGACUAAAUCCCAGGAUAUGGAUGAAAAAGUGGAUAUUGCCCUGCCAGAGCCAUCUAAAACAACUUCACCCAGCCAAGAAACCAAAGAAGAUAAAGUAUUCCAGUCACUGUUUGAACAGGUUUCAGGAGAGGACAUGGAAGUGACAGCAGAAGAAUUGAUGCACGUUUUGAAUACUGUGCUGCAAAAAGAAAAGAAUAUUAAAUUCAAGAAGCUAAGCCUCAUUUCCUGCAAAAACAUCAUUUCUCUAAUGGAUACCAAUGGCAGUGGAAAAAUGGAGUUCAAUGAAUUCAAAAUGUUCUGGAUCAAGCUGAAGCAGUGGAUAAAUAUCUUCCUUCGGUUUGAUGCUGACAAAUCUGGCACCAUGUCCUCCUACGAGCUGCGUUUAGCCUUGAAAGCUGCAGCUCUCACGCUGCCCGGGACUCAGGAGAUUGCAAUGCAGUUUGUGGUUCCUCUGGGCCUCGAAUUUUCACAUUAG